AUGAAGCUGGAGUUCUUUUCAGAUGGAACAGCAAGUCAGUUCAGACAACGGUUUAUGUUUCAUGGUCUUGCUCAGUUAGCUUGUGAUUAUUCAAUUAAUUUGAGUUGGAAUCUUUUUGCUACAUCACAUAGUAAAGAAGUUGUAGACGAUCUUGGCAGUAGUAUUAAACGUCUUGUCUGGUCAGCGGUGUUCGGAGAUACUACCUGUACAUCGGCAGAAGAUUUUGGUCGUAUGUAUCGCAAAACAGAAAACAAAACAAAUAAUUCUUAUUGA